AUGGCCGUUAAACGCCCCAACUUUCUUGUUAUCGUCGCCGACGAUCUAGGAUUUUCUGACGUCGGCUGCUUUGGGAGCGAGAUCCAUACACCAAAUAUUGAUAAACUCGCUACCAAGGGCCAUCGUUUUACUGAUUUCCAUGCCGCGGCCGCCUGUUCCCCAACUCGUGCUAUGAUCAUGAGUGGCACAGAUCAUCAUAUUGCUGGCCUUGGUAAUCUAAUCGAAUGGACAAUGAAGACAGGAGAUAGUGCCAAGAACGGCAAUUUGGACCCUACGCCCCAGCGCGGGAUGCCGGGUUACGAGGGUUAUCUGAACGAGCGCGUAGCUGCGCUACCAGAAGUGAUGCGGGAUGGCGGUUACCACACGAUCAUGAGCGGUAAGUGGCAUCUUGGCUUAACGCCAGAACACUCACCCCAUGCCCGCGGGUUCAAUCGCUCCUUUGCCCACCUGCCUGCGUGCUCGAACCAUUUCAACUAUUCCCCAAAGCUCGACGGGGCCCCUCCGCCUUUCAUGGCCACGACCUCCAUACCGCUCCAUAUGGAAGACGAUCAAUACGUCAAGGCUCUUCCCGACGGCUGGUACUCUUCAAAUGGCUACGGUGAUAUCAUGUUAAGGUACUUGCAGGAAUGGAAGGAGAUACAGGGCAAUGGCACGGACAAACCUUUUUUUGCCUACUAUCCGUUCACCGCUCCCCAUUGGCCUCUCCAGGCACCACAAGAGUACAUCAAGAAUAUAUACGACGAUGGUCCCGAUGCAUUGCGUCUCCGCCGCCUGGAGCGCCUCAAGCAGCUUGGACUAGUUCCCAAGGAUGUUCAGCCUCAUCCCGUGGUCGGCGAAACCCCAGAGUGGGACGACAAAACGCCCGAGCAGCGUGCUAAAUUAGCCAGGGCAAUGGAGGUCUUCGCUGGCAUGGUCGAAUGCAUUGAUGCUAAUGUAGGCAAGGUGGUCGACUACCUUGAGUCGAUCGGGGAAUUAGACAAUACGUUUGUCUGCUUCAUGUCUGACAAUGGUGCAGAGGGCGCUGCGUAUGAAGCCUACCCUAUGAUUAUGGAAAGCUCAUUGAUGGAUCACCUUAAACAUCACUACGACAACAGCCUCGAAAACCUCGGCAAUGGAAACUCGUUCAUCUGGUAUGGCGAGCGAUGGGCACAGGCUUCAACUGCGCCAUCUAGACUAUACAAGGCCUGGACAACAGAGGGCGGCAUUCGUGUUCCUUUUGUUGUGAAAUAUCCUGAACACUUCGAGCCUGCGCAUGGUGAGGCCCAGAAACCUAUAACCCACCGGUUUGCUACGGUUAUGGACCUUGCCCCUACGAUUAUUGAGAUGGCUGGGUUGACCCAUCCCGCCCCUGUCUAUCAUGGUCGUGAAGUGGUGCACAUGCGGGGCAAAUCGAUGUUGCCAUUCAUCCGUGGUCAGCAAGACGGUGUACAUGAGCAAGAAUUCAUCCAGGGCUGGGAGACCUGCGGACGUGCCGCUGUUCGAAAAGGGGACUGGAAGGCCGUUUGGCUUCCCAAGCCCAAAGGCACAGAGACAUGGCAAUUAUACAAUCUUGCCGAGGACAAGGGAGAGAUCGUUGAUCGGGCUGCACAGGAACCUGAGAGGCUCAAACAGUUGUUGAAGCUUUGGGACCAGUAUGUUAUGGAGACCGGCGUGGUGACCAUUUGUCGGGAACAAGGCCAGUUCGUCGAAGCAAUGGAGGAACAAAUGCCUGAAACUGGUUGGAUGGAGUAUGAGUAUUGGCAGAAGGAUGCUUUACCAGGGCAGAAGGAUCAGGACAAAUGGACUUUUGAACCUCCACGAUUCCAGCGCAGUGUGAAGCAGUUUUAA